AAGGUCCGGUAGAGAGAGAGAGAGAGAGUGUUCCAAAUAUAUGCACACUUAUACAUACAUAUCCAUAGAGAGAGAGAGAGAGAGAGAGAGGAUGAUGAUUUCGACAAAGCCAAUGUCGAGUCCGAGCAGGACGGAGAAGUUCCCGCCGCCACUGAUGAGGUUUCUCAGGAGCAAUGUCGGUGGCCGAAGCAGAGGCAAGUCGCGUUCCAGCCCAAUGUUCAUCCGCAAGAAGAACACCACCGCUGUCGAGACCACCCGCGAACCCUCCUCCCCUAAAGUCACUUGCAUCGGCCAGGUCCGAGCCCACCGACCCACUUCCUCCAAACCCCGCCGCCGCCCCCCCUGCCGGUGGGUCAAAAACACUCUGUUGUGCUCCCAUUUCUAUAAGCAAAUCAAACCCAAAUCGUUUUGCUCCAGUUUCUGCAAAUGGGUCGGAUCUUUCCGGCUCGGGUGGUGCGGAAAAGCUGAAGUCAGAGACGAAACGGUGGAACCGGAAGAUGAGGAAAACAGAGGAAACGAAAUGGAAAGUCAAAGUGUGGAAAAAGAAGAAGAGGAAGAGGAAGUUGGAGUGAAAUUGGAAUCGUGUGAGGGUUUGGAUUCUUCUACUAUAGCUUCACAACCGCCGAAGAACGCGUUUCUGUUGACUAGAUGUAGAUCUGCUCCGUACCGAUCUUCGUCGCUAGCAAACAGUUUUUGGGGUAACGAAGCUGAGAAGGUCGAAGAGGAGCGAGAAACAGAGGAUGGCAAUGGAGCCGAGAAGGCCGGAGAGGAGCGAGAAACAGAGGAUGGCAAUGGAGCCGAGAAGGCUGGAGAGGAGCGACAAACACAGGAUGGCAACGGAGCUGAGGAGGUCGGAGAGGAGCGAGAAACGGAGGGACCCGCAUCCGAGGUGGAGCCCGAUUGCAGAGAUUCAUCAGUAUCAGAAUCGAGGAUUGAUGAAGAAGAAAUCGAACCGGAUUCGGGCGAAAUUUUGGAUCCAGUUGAUGGGAAAGCAGAGGAAAUUAUUAGGGUUCAAGAAGCGGAAACGACGACGUAUCUGGUGCUUACUAGGUGUAAAUCGGAGCCGGCGAGGACCGGGGAGAGGCUGAAUCCGGCGGCCAGGUUGUGGAGAGAGAGAGAAGGUUUGGUUUUAACCGAGCCUGCUCCUUCACCACGUGUUAGUGAUUAUUAAUUGUGAAUUAGGCAUUUAAAUACAUUUUUUUGUUGUUUUU